AUGGUAUUUGUUAGUGAAACUACCAGAUUGGUUAAAGAGAUUGAGGAUUACCGUAAUGAAUGCAUGGAUAAUAUGCCCAAACAAGUGGCUGGCUUUUUAUUAUACUCGGGUAAAUCUAUGAUUAAGCAAUUUUGCCGUAAAGGCUCAAAAAGUGUUGAUAAGUUAUUGGACGCUGGUGUAUGCGGCAACGCUGGUAUCGCCCAGGACAACUUACAAGAUGUCAAACAGUGUACGCACGACCGGCAGGAAGUGAUUUUCAGCAUGGUACGUCAAGUCUCCGGCCGCACCAUGGAUGUUUUUUGUGGCGAAUACAACGAGGGUUCCGAUAAGUGCGAUAAGCUAGAAAAACCGCCUAAAAAACUGAAAUCCCAGCGCAGGACUAAAUCGUUUGCCAUUCCCAUAAUUGACGUACUUAAAGGGUUCCCCGAAAUUUAAUGGCCAUGAUCAUUAUGUGAACAUUUAUUUGGACAUAAACUGCAAAUAAUUAUUAAAUGUUUCUAUUAUAUAAGGGUAUAAUAUAUAAAUAAAUCUAAACGCAAAUAAAUAAUAAUAG